AUGAAGUACACUGCUGCUCUCUCCGUCCUGGCCCUGGCCGCCACCGCUGUCGCCACUCCCACCGAGGGCAAGAACGACUACGACGUCAAGGACCACAAGGACUACAAGGGUUACGGGGACAACGACUACGACUUCAAGGGCAAGGACUACAAGAGCCACUCGGACUUCAACUUCAAGGACGUCAAGGUCAGCAAGAGCCACUCCGACUUCGACUACAAGGACGUCAAGGUCCGCAAGGGCGACUGGGACAACGACUACUACGGCAAGGACUACAAGUACGGCCACAAGCACGAUGGCUACUACGGCAAGGACUACAAGUACGGCCGCAAGGACUACGAUGACUACGGCUACAAGGGCAUCAAGGACUACGGACGCUACGACAACGACAACGACUACUACGGCAAUGGCCGCUACCACGGCGGCGACUUCCGGCACCACGGCAAGCACCACCACCACCACGAUCGCGACUUCGGCAACUACCGCCGCGGCGGCUUCGGCCACCACGGCCGCGACUGGGACGACGACUUCUACGGCCGCCACGGCCACCACGGCCACCACCGUCACCACGGCCACCACGGCCACCACGGCUUCGGUGGACGCCGUCACCACGGCUUCGGCGGAUACCGCCAUGGCCACCGGAACGAGGUCAACGUGUGCUCCGCCAAGGGCCACCAGCAGGUCUGCUGCAACGGCGGCCUCCUGGGCUGCACCGUCCAGGCUCUCGGCAGCCACUGCAACAACAACGCCUACUGCUGCGAGACAGGCAAGUCGCUGGGUGGCCUCAUCAACAUCAGCGCGCUCAACUGCCUCAAGCUCCUCUAA